CCCUUUUGCUUUACAAAGUGAUUCCUCUUUUAUCUACGCCGAUUUUCAUUGCGCAAUUUGUCUGAUAAUUAAUUGCUGUAUUCGUUCCAAAAUUUAAUUUAGCCGUAUUCCGGCUAUAAUUUGUGAAUGUGUUAAAACUUCGAGUCCAAAGAUCAAUUCAUAUGGGAGGAUAAAUCAUCAGAUGCGGUCAUUAUGGUUAAAUUCUACGAAAGCAAGACUACUUUUGAUUUCACAUGGGAUCAGGUGGCUCAAGGAUUUUGGCAACGGUAUCCGAACCCAGAAAGCACUCAUGUUCUAUCAGAGGACACCGUUUAUAGGCAAAUUCGAGAUGGCAAAUUGUACUCGAAACGGUUACUCACCAAGACGAAUAAAUUACCUAAAUGGGGCGAACGGUUUAUAAACACGAGAGUUGUAAAAAUUUUGGAAGAAUCGGUCGUCGAUCCUGAGAGUAAAACUCUCACGACUUACACUCGGAAUUUAGGGUAUCAGAGUGUAAUGGGUGUCGCCGAAAAAGUUGUUUACAAAGUAUCCGAUGACAAUCCCAUGAAAACGGUAGCCAUCCGUUCGGCCACCAUUGAUUCGCAAGUGUUUGGAUUUGCACGAGCGAUUCAGUCUUUCGGAUUGGAACGAUUUAAGAAAAACUGCACCAAAGCUGUUCGUGGAUUUAACCACGUUUUGCAUUCGAUGUUUCCUCAUCAACAGAAACAACUCGAUAUUCUACCUCAUUCUAACGCUCUAGUAUCUCAAUCCCAAAAGAGCAACGCGGAGAAACUCAAAGAUGCCGCUAAGAAAGCCACCGAUCUUGCUAAAUCAAAAACGCAUUUCCCCAAGAUAGAAAGCAUUUGAAGGUUACCGUAUGCAUUGAACGCGAAUAUAGAUAACUAACUGUACUGUAUAUUGUUUAACUUGGUAUUUUUUAUGAGUGAAAAUGUGGUGUGUAGUACGUCUCGUCGAAAUAAGACUUUCUGUAUAUUAUUCUGUCCUAAAGAACCAAUCCUGCAUAAAUGAAUACGUAAUAUUGCAUUUUCGUUAUGCCGCUGGUUUGAUUUUAAAACUAUUUUUGUAGUUUCGUUUCUGUCUAGUGUUAGGUUUAAUAUUGUUGUUAUUUGAUACGAGUAUAUAGUUGAAUACAUAAUUCCGCUUAGUAUCACUGCCGUAGCGGAUAUAUCUUCCGCGAUAUUUAUAAAUUGGUUAUAUUGUAUGAUAAUUUUUAAUGACACAGCGAAUUUGAUCUUCUUCGUUUCAUAUUCUAACUUCGAGCUGUCAGGAAAUUCGCUUCAGCUGAUUGAAACCCUAUGCAUAAUUUUCAUCGAAUCAUAUUGUGUAGAAUUUGAUAUUAUUUUUUUCCAAUUUGUUUUUACAUAAUAAAUUUCGAUGUUUAAAUUGCCUAUAGUUAGGUUCGAAUUUUAAGUUUUUCUAUUUUUCUGUAAAACUCGUGGAUUUGGCAUUGAUUGCUAUUCACGUAUGUAUUUCUUCUAUCGUUAACAGAAGUAAUAAAUUUAUUUUCGAGGA